UCCAUUUAUUUUAUUACUGUUGGAUCUGUGUUGAAUUAUCGAACGUCCAUCAAAAAAAAUCUUCUAACCUUAGCGCAUUAGUCUACUUCGAAACAUUACCGAUUUUCAGUUUUUAAAUCUCAUUAUCGAUUAAAAGACUAUUUCUUUGAUUCGCAAUGGCUUUGAGAUCAGUAUCCCGUUUAUUAAGCAACCGUGCUAUCAAUCAAGUAUACAAACGGGGAUAUGCUGAUGAGAUGAGUUUCACUUUUGCGGCAGGCAAUAAAGUGUUCUAUGAUGCAAAAUCUAUAAAACAAGUAGAUGUACCUUCAUUUUCUGGAGCUUUCGGUAUAUUACCCAAGCAUGUACCUACAAUAGCUGUUCUGAAACCUGGUGUUGUGAGUGUAUUUGAAAACGAUGGAAAUGUAAACAAAGUUUUUGUAUCCAGUGGCACUGUAACAAUUAAUGAAGAUUCCUCUGUACAAAUAAUAGCAGAAGAAGCUGUGCCUGUUGGUGAUUUAGAUGUAUCUGCCGCAAGAGAUGCUUUGAGUAAAGCACAAUCUCAACUUAAUUCUGCUUCUACAGAUAAGACCAAAGCUGAAGCAUCAAUUGCAGUAGAGGUAGCAGAGGCUAUUGUUAAGGCUGCAGAAUAAUUAUCAAAAAAGUAAUGCAUAAAUAAUUGAAAGAAAUGAGAAAUAGUUUACGAUUCCAAAAAUACAAAAUAGAAGUUUCUCUAUAUCCAUUCAAUUAGAGUUAAUUAUUUGAGUGAUCUUUAUAAGAAACACAAAUGUAAAAUAUAAUUACUUCUUUGAAUGCAUUUUCAAAUAAAUAAUGGCAAUUUAUUUAA